UUUUUUUUAAUUUCCAACUCAGUCCUCACCCCAUCUCUCCCUCGUUUUUCUCUCAUCUCAAGGUUUUGGUUUAGUCGAACACUAGUUCUCUAGGGCUUUUCGACAACUCAGCUUCUCAGUGACUAGUGAUCUCGUCCAUGGCGGCCGAAAAGCUUCGGGAUUUGAGUCAGCCGAUGGAUGUUGCUCUGCUCGACGCCACUGUCUCUGCUUUCUAUGGAACCGGAUCUAAAGAGGAGAGGGCUGCUGCAGAUCAUAUCUUGCGUGACUUACAACAUAACCCAGAUAUGUGGCUUCAAGUGGUCCACAUUUUAUCUAGUGCUCAGAAUCUGAACACAAAAUUUUUUGCUUUACAGGUUUUGGAAGGUGUUAUUAAGUACAGAUGGAAUGCUUUACCUGUAGAACAAAGAGAUGGCAUGAAAAACUAUAUUUCUGAUGUUAUAGUUAAGCUUUCGAGUGACGAAGUCUCUUUCCGGAGGGAGAGGCUUUAUGUCAAUAAAUUAAACAUAAUAUUGGUUCAGAUAUUGAAGCAUGAGUGGCCAGCUCGAUGGCGUAGCUUCAUACCUGAUUUGGUUGCAGCAGCAAAAUCAAGUGAAACCAUCUGCGAGAAUUGCAUGGCCAUUCUAAAACUUCUAAGUGAGGAGGUCUUUGAUUUUUCAAGGGGUGAAAUGACUCAACAGAAGAUUAAAGAGUUGAAACAAUCUUUGAACAGCGAAUUCAAGCUCAUUCAUGAGUUAUGCUUGUAUGUGUUGUCUGCAUCCCAAAGAGCUGAACUCAUCAGGGCUACCUUGGCAACAUUACAUGCUUUUUUAUCCUGGAUUCCCUUGGGCUAUAUAUUUGAAUCACCACUGCUUGAAACUCUAUUGAAAUUCUUUCCUGUGCCUGCAUAUCGCAAUCUCACUAUUCAGUGUCUGACUGAGGUUGCUGCUCUUAGUUUUGGGGACUUCUAUAAUAUGGAGUAUGCCAAAAUGUAUUCUAUAUUCAUGGCGCAAUUACAGGCAAUUGUCCCAUCGUCCACCAACUUUGUUGAGGCAUAUGCAAAUGGCAAUAGUGAGGAGCAGGCAUUUAUUCAGAAUUUGGCACUGUUUUUCACAUCAUUCUACAAGUGUCAUAUACGAGUGCUAGAGUCUGUGCAAGAGAAUAUAAAUAUACUACUAGUGGGCCUUGAGUAUCUAAUUAAUAUCUCAUAUGUGGAUGACAUUGAAGUUUUUAAGGUUUGCCUGGAUUAUUGGAAUUCUUUAGUUUCGGAGCUGUUUGAUUCUAAUCACAAUCUGGAUAGUCCUGCUGGGGUUGCACACAUGAUGGGACUGCAGAUGCCUAUGCUCCCCGGUAUGGUUGAUGGACUAGGAUCACAACUCCUGCAGAGGCGUCAACUUUAUGCUGGUCCAAUGUCAAAGUUGAGAUUACUAAUGAUAUGUCGCAUGGCGAAGCCAGAAGAGGUUCUCAUUGUUGAGGAUGAAAAUGGGAAUAUAGUUCGUGAGACAAUGAAAGAUAAUGAUGUUCUAGUACAGUAUAAGAUAAUGAGGGAGACACUGAUUUACUUGGCUCAUCUUGAUCACGAGGAUACUGAAAAACAGAUGCUGACAAAGUUGGGUAAACAACUUAUUGGAGAGGAUUUUACCUGGAACAAUCUUAAUACACUCUGUUGGGCCAUUGGAUCUAUUUCUGGGUCAAUGGCAGAGGAGCAGGAAAACAGGUUUCUGGUGAUGGUAAUCCGUGAUUUGUUAAACCUUUGUGAGAUCACUAAGGGGAAGGACAAUAAAGCUGUCAUUGCCAGUAACAUAAUGUAUGUAGUUGGUCAAUACCCACGAUUUUUGAGGGCUCACUGGAAGUUCUUGAAAACUGUUGUGAACAAAUUGUUUGAAUUCAUGCAUGAGACCCACCCAGGGGUUCAGGACAUGGCAUGUGAUACAUUCUUGAAAAUUGUCCAAAAAUGCAAGCGCAAAUUUGUCAUCGUGCAGGUUGGAGAAAAAGAGCCAUUUGUUUCGGAACUAUUAACAACACUUCUGACUACUAUUGUUGAUCUUGAGCCUCACCAAAUUCAUUCCUUUUAUGAAUCUGUUGGUACUAUGAUUCAAGCCGAAACUGAUCCCCUCAGGAGAGGUGAAUACCUGCAGAAGCUGAUGGAACUUCCUAAUCAGAAAUGGACUGAAAUAAUUGGACAGGCACGCCAGAGCGUAGAUUUCUUGAAAGAUCAAGAUGUGAUCCGUGCAGUGCUUAAUAUCUUGCAGACAAAUACUAGUGUUGCUAGCUCUCUUGGGAUGUAUUUUAUGCCACAGAUUUCCAUGAUCUUUUUGGACAUGCUCAAUGUUUACAGAAUGUACAGUGAGCUUAUAUCAACCAGUAUUGCCCAAGGAGGGCCCCAUGCUUCUCGGACAUCUAUUGUGAAACUCUUACGUUCAGUCAAGAGGGAAACAUUAAAGCUCAUUGAGACAUUUUUAGAAAAAGCUGAGACAUUUACAGAUAAAGCUGAAGAUCAGCAACAUAUCGGUAAACAGUUUUUGCCUCCAAUGAUGGACCAUGUGCUCGGUGACUAUGCUCGGAAUCUGCCUGAUGCAAGAGAGUCUGAAGUUCUAUCACUAUUUGCAACAAUAAUAAAUAAGUACAAGGGAACAAUGAUUGAGAACGUUCCUCGAAUAUUCGAAGCUGUAUUCCAGUGUACUCUAGAGAUGAUAACAAAGAAUUUUGAAGACUAUCCUGAGCAUAGACUGAAGUUCUUUUCACUGCUUAGAGCUAUUGCUGCACAUUGUUUUCCUGCCCUAGUGCACUUGUCAAGUGAGCAAUUAAAACUUGUUCUAGAUUCUAUCAUUUGGGCUUUCCGGCACACUGAACGAAAUAUAGCAGAGACUGGUCUCAACCUAUUAUUGGAAAUGCUGACAAAUUUUCAGGGUUCUGAGUUUUGUAACCAGUUCCACCGGACUUACUUUUUGACAAUAGAGCAAGAGAUAUUUGCUGUUUUGACAGACACAUUCCACAAGCCGGGUUUUAAGUUGCAUGUACUGGUGCUGCAACACUUAUUCAGCCUGGUAGAAUCAGCUGCGUUAACUGAGCCUAUAUGGGAUACUGCAACAGUUUCUUAUCCUUAUGCAAAUAAUGGCAUGUUUGUCCGUGAGUAUACCGUUAAACUGUUGAGCUCAUCGUUUCCGAACAUGACAGCAACUGAGGUUACCCAAUUUGUCAAUGGACUUUUUGAGUCAAAAGGCGAUAUUUCUUCAUUCAAAGAUCACAUACGAGAUUUUCUUGUCCAAUCAAAAGAAUUUUCAGCUCAGGACAAUAAAGAUCUUUAUGCUGAGGAAGCUGCUGCCCAGAGAGAAAAAGAGCGACAGCGCAUGCUAUCAAUUCCAGGACUCAUUGCACCCAACGAGAUACAAGACGAGAUGGUGGAUUCAUGAGCAAUGUCGCAUUUUUGGGCCAAGGCUAGUUUGGAUUUUUAACUGAAAGUUAGGUUGGGGCACCUGAAUUCCUCAUUCAUACAUUAUUUGGGUUUUUCAUCCGUGGAUUGCCUAAUCUGGCCGGAAAUAUUUCUGAAUGAAACGAGGAAGCUGUCGGGGGUGCUGCUGAAGAAACCAUUUGCUGGUUGUAGAGCAUUCAGAACGUAAUGUUAGGAACAUGGGCAUGUCACUAGAAGCAUUUGUGAUAGGAGGGUGGGUUGUGCAGAAAAUUCUCUUUUAGCAAUUUGUACGAAUUUAUAAAGAUCUAUUCUUUAAUGCUGCUUUGUAGUUUGUCUUGUACACUGAUUAGUGAUUUUGGUAAAUAUUUUUUACAUCUA